GUUGCGCGCUAUAUAAGGCGCCGCUGCGGGAGCCAUUGACGUGUUGGAAGCGGGAGCCGGAGCGGGCGCUGCACCGGCGGCGGCGAGAGCUACAGGAAGAAGUCGACUAGGAUGCCUGUAGUUGUACGGAAACUUAAAGAUCCCGAUGUAAAUCCUUGUUUGGCGGAAUCGGAUGCCUCUAACAGAUGCAUGAAUGACCAUAACUAUGACAGGGACAGGUGCGUCGUCCACUUUCUGAAGUACAAAAAUUGCAAGCGGUUUUGGAAUUCUGUUAUGGCACAAAGACGACGAAACGGAGUUCAUCCUCCUCUGCCCACCGCAGCAGAAAGAGAAGAAAUGUUGAGAGCUAUGGGAGAGAGACCCUAUUGAGGACUGACUUCACUUAAACUGUUUCUAUGUAUAACAUGAGGACUUUUAAACUGAGGAAUUGCGUGAACAUCUUAGACAAAUUCUAAAACUAUUAGUUAUUUUCAUUUCCAAGUUCCUGUAAACACUGAUUUUUAUUUGGCGUGACCUUUGUUUAAAUGAAUUCAAACACACAUCCUAAGAGGCUUAAAAAUAGGCAUAGGACGCAUGUACAUUCAGAAAGCCGGUUCUUACCUCUAAUAACUUUUCUAUUAAGGGGCUUUCUUCCCCGUGUGACCAAACCUUGAUCUAGCAAAGCAAAUGAAUAAAAUACUUCACCAACUUUAAUUUGCCAA